AUGGGGUGGCACUGGGAGGGUGCUGGCUGCCCUCCGGCACAGGGCUUUGAAGACAAUGCUGCUCUGCUUGGAAGACUCUGCGGAGUUCGCAGGCAUCUGGCCUGUCCCUGCCUCUUGAUGUAUGGGAGACUGCUGGCGCAGGAUGCCGUGGGGUUAGCUGUCAGCCCCGGGUUUCUGAUUUACCAGAGAUGCUGGUUAGUAUUCAAAAAAGCUUCAAGCAAAGGGCCAAAGAGGCUGGAGAAAUUCUCAGAUGAACGAGCUGCUUACUUUAGAUGCUAUCACAAGGUCACAGAGCUCAAUAAUGUGAAGAAUGUAUUACGAAUGCCAAAAAGCACAAAGAAGCAUGCUGUUGGGAUUUAUUUUAGUGAUGACACAUCAAAAACCUUUGCUUGUGAGUCAGAACUUGAGGCAGAUGAGUGGUGCAAGGUGCUGCAGAUGGAGUGUCUUGGAACACGAAUUAAUGACAUUAGCCUUGGAGAGCCUGACCUGUUGGCAUCUGGAGUAGAGAGGGAGCAGAGUGAGAGAUUCAAUGUGUAUUUGAUGCCAUCCCCUAAUUUAGAUGUGCAUGGGGAAUGUACCUUGCAGAUAACAUUUGAGAAUAUCUGUCUUUGGGACAUCCAGAAUCCCAGAGUAAAACUCAUCUCUUGGCCAUUAAGUGCCCUCCGACGCUACGGGCGGGACCCAUCUUGGUUCACGUUUGAAGCGGGGAGGAUGUGUGACACAGGAGAAGGACUAUUCAUCUUUCAGACCAGAGAUGGGGAAGCAAUCUAUCAGAAGGUUCACUCGGCUGCUUUGGCCAUAGCAGAACAACAUGAGCGCUUGCUGCAGAGUGUGAAAAAUUCAAUGCUGCUUGAGUUGAAGCUCCCCUCGGGGGAAGCAGUGCUAGCCCAGGACCAGGGGAGCACGAAGCUUCAGAUGAAAAUGAGCGAGCGAGCUGUGUCCCUCAGCACCAUGGUGCCCUUGCCCCGCAGUGCCUACUGGCAGCACAUCACGCGACAGCACAGCACUGGCCAGCUCUAUGGCCUGCAAGAUGUUUCUAGCCCAGUGAAGCUCCAUCGCACAGACACUUUUCCAACCUACAGGUCAGACCAUCGAUAA